GAAAGGAGAGUGGGCUGCCUGCCUGGUGUCUUUGCUCACAUUCCCAUCAGCAUCCUUUGGACGGAACCACGUCUGUAGUCAACCAGGAUGCAGAAAGCAGAAGAAGGGACGAAGGGGGCUGCGUUCAUCGCAGGUACAUGACGCUACUUGAGUGGGAGAUGCACCACAUUGUCAUCCUUCAAACCCUAAGCAGCAGUGUGAGGAAAUAUUCUUAUUCAGGGGUGCUAGUGAGCGCUGGCAGAAGUGAAGAUUUUGUAAAUGAAAAGGAUUGUUAGAAACCAUCAGACCAGCCUCACGACUGCAGGGCAGCUACCUACCUAAUUCCCAAGCCUCUAUCCUCUGACCGUACUUCCUGGCUGUGAAGGAUGGAUGAUGGGCCAGUGACGGACCCUGCUUGCCCGCCUCGUCCCAACCUCCAAUGGAGUCAGCGUGGAACUCCUCCCACCAGCCUCCGCAGCCCGCGUCCAACAUGUCUACCUCCGCUCUGGCUGAGGGCUGGCCUCCGUCCCAGUGGCUAGCCCUGGCGGCCAUGCUGCUCAUGGAUCUGCUCGCCGUGGUGGGCAACGUGGCCGUCAUGGCGGUGAUCGCCAAGGUCCCGCAGCUCCACAAGUUUGCCUUUGUCUUCCACCUGUGCUUGGUGGACCUGCUGGCGGCCUUGGUGCUGAUGCCCCUCGGCAUGGUCUCCAGUCGAGCCUUUUUCGGGGAGGCCCUGUGCCGGAGUUACCUCUUUCUCAGCGUGUUCCUUGUCAGCGCCGCCAUCCUCUCCAUCUCGGUCAUCAACGUGGAGCGCUAUUAUUAUAUUAUACACCCCAUGCGUUACGAGGUGAAGAUGACCGUCGGCCUGGUAGCUUCAGUGCUAGUGGGGAUAUGGGUCAAAGCCUUGGCCAUGUCCGCUUUGCCGCUGCUCGCCUGGGUCCUGCAAGGCGCGAGGACUCCUCUUCUGGAGGGUAGCGAGGGAGGUGGGGGUAUCCCAUCUCCCCCAGCUCAGGGUCAGAGGCGCUGCUCGCUCCACUGGUCGGGGGGCGGCUCGAACCGUCUGGCGUUCAUGGUCCUCUUCACGCUGCUUUACUUCCUCUGUCCGCUGCUGGUCAUUUUCGUUGUGUACUGCAACAUGUUCAAAGUGGCUCGGGUAGCCGCCAUGCACCACGGGCCUCUACCCACUUGGACAGACACGCCCCGUCGUCAGAGAUCGGAGUCGCUCAGUAGCCGGUCCACGAUGGUUACCAGUUCUGGGACGGGGACUGGGACCGGAAGGGAGACCACGGCGCGGCCAUUUGGAGGAGGGAAGGCGGCAGCGGUGUUGGCGGCUAUAGGCGGCCAAUUUCUGUGUUGCUGGUUGCCCUACUUUGCUUUCCACCUGCAUUCUGCCCUGGCUGCCAGCCCUCCAGCUGCACUGGCGUCUCUGGAGGAGGCAGUCACCUGGAUUGGCUACUUCUGCUUCACCUCCAACCCCUUCUUCUACGGCUGUCUCAACAGACAGAUCCGGGAGGAGCUGGGCAAACAUCUGCCGUGCCUGUUUCGCCGAGCGGGGCUCGAGGUGGAGGACGGGCUGCCCAGCCGCGAAGGCUCCAUAGAGGAAAAUUUCCUCCAGUUUCUUCAGGGCACCGGCUGCAACUUGGAACCUCAGAACGCGCACAACACCUCCAGUCCGAAGGGGGAAGCCUGCCGCCCCCUGGCUCAGUCCCAAGCAUCUGAGCCAGUACAUCCACUACCUGUUGAUUUUCGUAUACCCGGACAAAUUGCAGAGGAGACCUUUGAAUUUAUCGAGACAGAUCAGGUGAAAAACAACCACAUAGAAAUAGACACUUAAGUCUUUUUUAAAAAAAUGAUUUAAAAUGAAGUGUUCAGGGGUAAUUGUAUUGAAGACAUUAUGAAAGUUGUUCGUAACAUGCCAUAACUUUAUUGUUAAAUGAGCGCAAAUAGGAGACGCAUAUAAUA